UCCGAUCGCCAUGACAUCGAUGGGCAAAUCGUUUAUGUUCCUUACCUUCGUAGUGCUCCUGGUGUGCACAGCUGUCUUUCAGGACUACUGGCAACCGCGCUGUACAAAGCCCUUUGUGGAUGUCGGUGGACGUUGCUUAUUCUUCUCCUCCAACAAGGCCCCCACUUAUGAGUACUACAAAGUGACGUACAAGUCGCGAAUUCUCAGCAUACCCGUCAUAAUGGGCUGGCUGCAUGCAAACCUCGGCUGCGAGGCCAUCGAUGACAAUGCCCGGCUGCUGACAGUUCGUUCGGAGGCGGAGAUGAGACUCAUUGCCGACUACUUGAAGAACAAAGCCCAUUCGGCAACGCAUACGGUGUUCUGGUGCGGCGGACAUCGCGGCCGCUUGUCCGAUCCCAAGGACAUUGAUCACGAGACACUGCACGAUUUCUACUGGCACAACGACGCCCAGCCCAUGAACUAUAGCAACUUUGUGGAAAAGGAGCCGCCAAAGAGGCGCUUCGGCGAUGGCUACUGUGUCUACAUGGAGUUCACGGGCACCCAACUGGUCAUGGGUGUCGACAGUUGCCACAACAAGUGGUCCUUUGCCUGUGAGCUGCAAACUGGUGCUCCCCAACGACCAAGCCCCUUUGAAACUUCAAAAACGAAUCUAUAGAGUAUGCAAAAGUUG